CGAUCCACACACGUAUUUCGCUAGCUCACCGCAUUGAGGAUUUGCAUCUAGUGACCUCGAAUCAGUCAGUGCGGUAUACAUCAUGAAGGAUUGGCAGCGCUCUCCUGAGCCAGAGGCCAUGAUGGGGCCCCGUGGCGUCAAGCGCUCACGCCUAUCCACACCAGAAGACGAGCAGGUGGCACGCGCCGAUACAACUACAGACGAUAUGACAUCACUCAAUGGCAUCCCAGGUCCUGGACCUGCAACACAAGAGUCAAGACAAGCAUUGGCAGCAAAAGCAGCCGAAGACAGAGCUAUCAAGGGCGCCAGUAGGAAGGCGCGACUGAUGUCACUGGCAGAAAUGAGCUUCAGAACUGUCAUAAGUCAUCUCGCCUCUGCAGACGAAGAGACCGUCUCGGAAGUAUCCUCCUACGCCCCUUCGCUCAAUCCCCGCUAUUCCGGUCCCCUCCUGCAGGCUUGCAAAGACAAGGCAGAGCGCCUGCGACGACUCGAGAGGGCCAAGGUGGUAGCUGCUCAAGCUAGGGAGAGGGAAAAAAUAUCGAGACCGACGGCAAUUGCGAUUCAGACCUCGGCCGACGUGAUGAUGGGCAGGAAUGGCAGGCCCAUCAAGAGGGCGGAAAAGACAGCGGGGGGAAGGAGGAUGUGGGCAAAGGCGGCAGCAGCAGCGGGCAAGAGACGGUGAGACAGCGAUGUGAGAU